AACGGAACAAACUUGUUUACUUUGUGGAGAAAUGUGUGCGUUCAACGUGGAAACGGAACUUGCGGAACGAGCGAGCACACGUACGUCACACAUGUGCGCCGUAUGUAAAAUACAAUACGGGGUGGCGAUUCGUUUAUCCGUAUGCAAGCGUGUACGAAGUACUGAAGUUAGUACUCGGUAUCUGGAACUUUCCAUUAGUCGCUAUUUAUUUUCUCCUCUAGCCGAAUUACUUUGAUCUCUGUCUCCGACUUGAAACAGACGGUUCCGGUAUUUGUUGACCCUUGACGAUUCGAAAGCGAUUCGGUGCCUGUCCUCGUUUUGCUAUUUAUUGUUUUUCUCACGCCGUGCUCGUAAUUUGCGGGAACCAGCAAUUUCUGACGGAGAUAACCACAUCUGCGUGCAAGGAAAAUGUCUGAGCAAUUUUUAGGCUGUACAGUUUCUGUAAAAUGCAUUGAUGAUCUUGGAACCUAUCAAGGUAAAAUUAUUGAUCUGAAUAAGAAUAGCCUUACAUUGGCAAAAGCAUUUUGCAAUGGCAUACCACAUACUUCUUCCGUUGUUAAAUUGAGUGUAAAGGACAUACACAAUGUUGAGAUUAUAUCAACGGAGGAAGCAGCAACAAACGACAUCCAAGCUCAGAGCAAAGUGAUAGUGAAGAGGCCCAUCGCCAAGAGAGCUGGGAGGUCGAUCUCAGAAAGUGUUACAUCCACAGUACAGGCAGGAGGCUCCCAGACACAAACGAAUUUCAGAAAGCCCAUGGAAUCCAAUCAACAACAACAAAUGGAGCAAACCACAAAUGGGAAAAUCGCACCAGCAGAACCGAUUAUACCAAACAACAAAAUUAUACCAAAAAGAUUGACUCACAGACAGAGAGCAUUGGAAAGGGACGAGCAUACCUUUGGCACUCCGAUCGAUCAGUCGUUGAACCAAGACUUCGAUUUUGAAAAGAACCUGGCGUUGUUCAACAAAGAGGCGGUAUGGCAAGAAAUCAAUUCUCUGAAACCUGACAUCGUUCGACAGUCGGAGAGCAAUAGGGGCACCACCGCGAUCUACCGACCUGACGAGAACAUUCUCGUGUCCGAACCCACGAUGCUACAUCAGAUCGUGGUGCCUUGCCCCAGUGAGAAAGAAUACGUCACCGACAACGGUUUAGUAAUUCCCAGCAUCACCCUCAAUCUCCAUCGUCAAUUGAUCGGUGCGGCGGAUAGAUUGGGGAUAAGUUGGGAACGCAGGGUGGAACUUCUCGGGCGGGCUGGUGCCGAGCUCAUUCUGCAGCUAUUGGGCGGGAGUCAUCGGCUGAAUCCGAACAACGCGCAUCAGUGGCCCACCGUGGUAGCGUUGUGCGGACCGCACCGUUCCGGCGCCGCCGGCAUCAACUGCGCCCGGCAGUUGUCCAGCCACGGUGUCAAGACGAUCGUGUUCGUGGAGAACUCGGAGGACGUGUUCCUGCUGCAGGAGCUCUCUCUGUACAGGUUAACGGAGAACAAGGUCGAGACAAAGGUGAAGAACCUGCCGGCCCUGGUCGAUCUCAUCGUCGUUGCCCUUUGCGAUGAGGACUCAUCGCGGAUGAUCACCCCGAUCGCGAGAUGGGCUAACAGCAACAGAGCGCCGGUCCUCGCCAUCGAGCCCCCGGCGACGGGUACACCCGGCAUCAUCAGUAAAUUCAGUUUACUGGGGGCCCUACCGUUGUCCCACAGCGCCGACAACGGUAGACUGUAUCUAUGCAACUUGGCGUUGCCGAACAAGGUGUACUCCGACGUCGGGAUCACGUACAAAUCGCCGUUCGGUCCCAAAUUCGUCAUUCCGUUACAUUCCAAUGAUUCUUAGCAGAUUCUCGGCGGCCACGUCGUGUCUUUUUAGAUAGACGCCUCAUUUUAUCCGAACCGCGCGCGCGCUUCUCGCAUGGCCGUGGAAGGGUUGUUUACUCGCCCCGUGUCGGGCUCUCGUUCGAGUGGCGCGCUGUAGGGCACUUGGUACACGGUCGGGCGUUUCGUAUGGAUUUCUACGGCGGAUUCUCGCGGUGGCUUCAGCAUCCGCCCCACAUAUACACAUAUACAUUCUCGUUCGUCAUGUGGUGUCCGCGAUCGGAUGCGGUAACGAUGCAUUAUCGGUCGACGAGUUAUUAGAGGAUUCUCUUGUAUUUUUAAAUCCGCAUCAUCAGGUUUGUUCCUCUUCACUGAACUAGUGCUCACUUGUAGAAUUUAGGAAGAGACAGAUGUUGAGGAGGUAUAUUCGCCGGUUUAAAACGUCGUUUUGUUGGUGAUCUUGAGAUUUUUUUUUUUUUUUUUUUUUUUUNAA